UCUCUAACAAGGAACAUUCAGCCCUUAAAACAAGCACGCCCACCUUCCAUCAUUGUUCAGGCAUCAUCCAAUUUCCAGCGUCCCCAAUGGCUGCCGCCGCUUCUGCUGCCCUCCAAUCCGAGCAGCUGAAGCAGCUCAGGGACAUCUUCGCCCGCUUCGACAUGGACGCCGACGGCAGCCUCACCCAGCUCGAGCUCGCCGCCCUCCUCCGCUCCCUCGGCCUCAAGCCCACGGGCGACCAGAUCCACGCCAUGCUCGCCGACAUGGACUCCAACGGGAACGGCUCGGUCGAGUUCGACGAGCUGGUGGCCGCCCUCCUGCCCGACAUGACCGAGCAGGUCCUCGUCAACCAGGAGCAGCUGGCGGAGGUGUUCCGGCUGUUCGACCGCGACGGCAACGGCUACAUCACCCCGGCCGAGCUGGCCGGGUCGAUGGCCAAGAUGGGCCACCCCCUGACGUACCGCGAGCUGUCGGAGAUGAUGAGGGAGGCCGACACCAACGGCGACGGCGUCAUCAGCUUCCAGGAGUUCGCCACCAUCAUGGCCCGGUCCGCCGUAGAUUUCCUUGGCCUGCGUUAGCUUUAGGAGGCGGCGAUUCGUGACGAUUCAGUUUCGGCGGGCAACCAUGAAUCGAGAUCCGCCCAAGGAUGAUGGUGAAUGAGUUGACUUGGUCGUGUUUGACCUUUAGGUUGUAGCUUGAACUUGUCUGGGGCCUGCAAGGCUGUGUCCAGGAAGGAGAAGGUAGAGUUUUGUACAAAGAAAA